GCUGGCUUUUUUUUUCUAGUUCUCCGAACAACCAGGCAAAAACCAAAAAAUUAAAAAAAAAUGUUAGGGCUCGUCUCUUCUUUGCAUCCUCAAAUCCCAUCAACUUCUCCAAAGCUAUUUCUCAGUUACAAAUAUUCUUCUUUAUUUCCCAAAACCCAAAUUCCGAUCCCAAAACACCCUUCACGAUUCAUUCUAUUCGCUCAAAAUGGAAACACCGAUAACCCAACCAAAGAACUCAACAAGAAACCAGAAGAAGAAGAAGAGAAGGGUAAGCGCCAGCCAAAUGGUUCCAUUAAUGGAAAUAAUGGUGGGGAUUCGAGGAAUGAUCGGCGGUCUAUGUUUAACUUCAGAUUGGGCGAUUUGCUGGACCCAGAUCCUGAUAACAUCAUAGCCGUUGGAUUGACAGGUUUGUUAACGUGGGCUAGUGUUCAGGUUCUUUGGCAGUUGUUUCUGAUAUCGGGGGCGAUUCUUUUAGCUGCUCUUAAGUAUUCCUUCAUUGCUGCUCUUCUCCUUUUCAUUCUCAUUACCCUCCUUUGAUAAAUUUUGUAUUUGUAUUGCAUAUUAACUCUCAACUUUCUCUAGUUUUAAUUUCCCCCUCUAUUUGUCUUUAGUGGAUAUUGUUACUUGGAUUCGUCGAAAGAAGGAUAAAAAAAGGUUGAACUGGAAGCGAGAUUAGUCAAUUAAAAGUUGGCUUAUUUUUUAGCAAUCCAAAUACCUCAAAAUUCCUGAAAGUUAGAGGUGACAAGUAGGGUUCGUUUGGAUGGAGAUCUGAGAUUGAAAUACACAACCGUAGCGGUGAAAUUAAGAUGUAGGGACGGGAAUGGGUAGGGUGUAAAUUUUUACUAAUCUCAAUCUGAUUUUAUAUUUAUAAUAUUCGAUUCGAUUCUGACCUUUUUAUUUCUUU